GUGAGGAGGAUUCUGUUCACGAGGACCUUUGACACCGUGAACACAGCUCAGACUGAGACUCAGUCGACCAGUCAGACUGCUUUGAUGUUGGCUUGAGGACACACCCUCUCUGAUAAAAGAUAAGAAGCUCUAACAAGCAUCACUUCUCUGUCUGAUGGAAGCUGAAGUGAAGCACAGACCUGCUGCGGACAGAAGAGAGCUGCACGCUGAGGAAGUACAUCUCUACGAGCUCAGUGAAGCUGUGAACCGUCUUUGCACUUCCCCGAUAUUCACAGAUUCAUCCAACUUGUGUCCACAAAGAGGACGCUGACUUCAUCAGAGGUGCAUAGAUAGAGGAAGAAGAAUUUUAUUUUAUUGUGUAUCAAAACCAAUGAACUGUUAUAACUCCAUCUUUAAAACAUGAUGCUGUUUGUUUUUUAAGUGCAGAGCAGUGAUUGUUCUCUGCGGUUGAUAUUUAUUUGGGUGUCUUCGAAACGGACAGAUGGAGAAAGUCAAGGAGGGCAUCCUCUACAUUUUAGAGGAGCUCAAUGAGGACGAGUUUAAACGAUUCAAGUGGUGCUUAAAGAAUCAUUCAAGCCCGGGAGACCUCCGAGCAAUCCCAGUCUUUCUCCUGGAGAACGCAGACAGGCUGGACAUAGUGGACCUGAUGGGACAGUACUACGCAGACCCAGUUCAGGUGGCCAGAGAGGUUUUGAAAAAGAUUCCAAGGAUUGAUCUCCUCGAACAAUUACCCCAAACUACCCCUAUCGAGGAAGGCUGUGCUUAUCUGGCCUCAGCUCUGCUCUCCAACACCUCCCAUCUGAAGCUGCCAUUUGCUGGACUGGAGGAUCCACACUGUGAACUGCAAACUCUCAGGGUGGAGCCUGCUGCAGUCCGAUGGUUCAGUCCAGGUCUGAGGAAGUGUAAGUGUGCUUUGAGUUUGAUUCAUCAAGAUUCAACCAUCUUCACACUGUGACAUCACUCGUUCACCUCUCUGAUGUCAUCAUCAGCGUGUCAAUAGAUGAACACGUGAUUAAUAACUGGAGCUGUAUUGUGUCUUGUUCUCUCAUCAGAUUCCUGUGAACUCACAAUCGACACAAACACAGUGCACAGAGAACUCAUACUGUCUGACAACAACAGGAAGGUGACAUAUGUGAUGCAGGAGGAUCAGUCAUAUCCUGAUCAUCCAGACAGAUUUGACUACUAUUGUCAGCUGCUGUGCAGAACUGGGCUGACUGGUCGCUGUUACUGGGAGGUUGAAUGGAGAGGAGACGUUUAUGUAUCAGUGAGUUACAGAGGAAUCGGUAGGAAAGGAGGCAGUGAUGAUUGUGAGUUUGGAAA